AGCGCGGGUGUUGAAUCAUGGUGAUGUGACUAUUUUUCAUAUCAUGACCACGUGGCAGCUGAAUUCAAAAAGCCGUGGCAUCGAAGAAGUGUGAACUUCUGAACAGGGACGAUCCUUCCCCCGUCAUUGUGAAUCAUAUGAAACCCCUCAUCAUUAACCACUCUGCCAGGCUUAUCAAUCGCGCCAACUUUGUUGUUCUUUGGAGUUGGCAUGUGUCUUAUGAGUUGAACAGGUUACCAUAGCAUCCUAGUUUUGCUCCUUCAUCGCCUCAUCGUCCACAACUCGAGGAUUAUUUAUUGGACAGGCAAGAAAAUGCCAUCUCCUAUCGCUUUGAAUCCGUCUACCCCUUCUCCGUCUAUCUUCAAGGAGACAAAAUCACGUAGUAGGUUGCCAUUAAUGUCGAGGGCGAUGUCCUACCUUUCUGCAGUUCAACAAGCAGACACCCGUGCUCAGAGUCAGAGCAACUCCUCUGCAUCAUCAACUUCUACACGAUCUUUCCCUUCCUCUGUCUCAUCUUCUGAAGACGCCAUCCUUAACAAGGAUGAUACGACCAACUGUCUCGUGAGCCCGCUUACACCACCCACCUCCAAAGUUUUCACUACCGUUCACACGGAGUUUGGUCACUGCACGAAUGAGGCCUAUCGCUGUGUCUCUAAGCAUGACUACACCAGACCUUUCCGGGAGUACCCAAUCGAGGAACCUCCGUACUAUGUUCUCCUCACCACCUACAUAAGCUACCUCAUGGUCAUCUGUUUUGGUCAUGCCCGUGACUUCUUCGGAAAGUGUUUUUCUAAAUCUCAGUUCACCCACCUUAUGCCCCACAAUGGAUAUGCACCGUUGAAUUCGGAUUUUGAUUCGUUCUACACUCGCCGGCUUCAACGUCGUGUGGGUGACUGCUGUUCCCAGCCUGUUUCAGGUGUCCCCGGCCGCACCAUUCUGAUCCUCGACCGUUAUUCCACUGAUUAUAACCUUACUCAAAUCUACACCGGCACCAAGACACGCGCCUUGAAUAUCUCAUCGUAUAACUACCUCGGCUUCUCCCAGGCCCGAGGAGGCUGCUCAGACGCAGUCGGAGAAAGUAUCCAUCGUUAUGGCAUCUCCACCUGCGGCACGCGUCUUGAGAGCGGGAGUAGCGAGCUUCAUGUGUCUGCUGAAGCCCUCAUUGCACGUUUUCUGGGGACAGAAGACGCAUUAAUCAGUUCUGUGGGUUUUGCCACUAACUCCACUUUCAUCCCUGCGUUGGUGGGAAAGAAGUCCUUGAUUAUUUCCGACGAACUUAACCACACUAGUAUUCGCGUCGGUGCGCGCCAGAGUUGUGCGCACAUCCGGAUGUUUAAGCAUAAUGAUAUGUCGAGUCUCGAGUCCGUUCUGCGUGAAGUGAUAAGUCAGGGCCAGCCCAAGACGCAUCGUCCUUGGAGGAAGAUCCUGGUUAUCGUGGAGGGGUUGUACUCUAUGGAGGGUACGCUCGUGAACCUGCUUAGGAUUGUCGAACUGAAGCAGAAGUACAAGUUCUACCUCUUCGUUGAUGAAGCACAUUCAAUCGGUGCGGUCGGUCCCCAUGGACGUGGUGUGACGGACUAUUUUAACAUCCAUUCUGGCUCAAUCGAUGUCUUGAUGGGAACGUUUACCAAAUCUUUUGGUGCUGCCGGCGGAUAUAUCGCAGGGUCGAAAACCCUUAUUGACGCUCUCCGACUGCACGGUCACUCAUGUCCGUACGCAGAAGCAAUGGCGCCCCCGGUGCUCGCACAAAUUAUUACAUCGGUUACGAGCAUCAUGGGCGUUAUUCCAACACCACAGCCGUCCAAGUUUCAAAACGACCGCAACCUUGCUAGCUCAGUUACGGCUCUAAAGGACAGUGCGGAUGAGUUCCGACGAAUGGUGCCUGCAAGCAUGCUGCCGGCAUGGAUCAACCUUCAUCCAUCCCUCGCAGACGGAUCCGAAGCUCGGAUGCGUAUCCAGCGUCUUGCCUUCAAUUGCCGUUAUCUGCACGCUGGCCUAAAAAAACUCGGUUUCAUCAUUUCUGGUCAUCCCUUCAGCCCAAUUGUUCCCCUGCUCAUCUAUAAUCCGGGAAAAUGUAUGAUGUUCGCACGUCUGAUGCGUGCGCGGAGCAUACCGAUCGUUGUCGUUGUCGUAGGGUACCCCGCCACUGCGUUGGAAAAGGGUCGUGCACGGUUCUGCGCUAGUGCAUCACACACAAAGGAGGACAUCGAUAUCGUGCUACAGGCGUGCGAUGAGGUGGGUGACAUUCUAGACUUGAAACAUGGUUCGGGUGAGCGGUGGGGGAUUAAUGAGGUUUGCGAGCGCGCAGUGGAGCUUGUUCACUCUGCAGUGUAAACGCAGUGUGUCUGCUUGGGAGUGAGGGUUUACAACUAAAAGGUGGGGCGAGGUGUGUGCUGCGCGUGGACAGAGAUAUAUCAGGGGAUGGGGGAGGGGACAGCUAUAAACAAUGGACUAAUCAGGGCUAAAUAUCUAUUGUACUCAGACGAUGAAUGUUGGUGUUGGAUAUUGAAUGUUCAACCCUUCAUCAAUACUUAGGGGAAAUUGUCCA